AUGUCUCACACAGAUCUUCAUGAGGGCCUCACCAGCUCCGAUGCAGAGUCGCUGCGCUCUUUCUCUUCGCCAAUCCCAGACUACCACGAAUGGGUCAGUGAGUCUGGACGAACAUCGAGAAACGAUCAACUCCUCGACGACUUCCCACACCCACCCAGUCGCACCAAAAACCUGGACGCCAUCGCCGAAGACACGGUGUAUCCCACGCCCAAACCCUCGCUAAAAAAUCUCCGUCGGCAUGCCACCGCCAAUGAACUCCCUCUCCUACAGCAAAUCAACCCGUACGAUGGGACAGACGAGUUCAACCCCGUCGAGGAAGACGGCGCGUCUUACGAUCUUAUCGCUCCCUUUGAGGGCUCCGAAGUGCCGCUCCACAAACUUGAGCGCUUGACGGAUGUAAUGUUUGGAUCGGACCAUAUGCUGACCAUCCUCAAUAACCCGCGGUAUCUGUCUCGCUUCCGAGAGUUUCUCAUUGAAGAGCGCCCGCGCUCGAUCGCCACGCUCACUUACUAUCUCAAUGCCGUCAAGGCCCUCAAGGCUAUUGAGUACGCCAAUGCCCUGGUGCGCUUGUCAGUCGAUGUACCUCCGCCAGCCGUCGAGACUGGCGAGGGUUCGGUUGGUGUGACUGCGAAUCAAGUCCUCGAGCAGCGAGUCAAGGAUGGACUGCAUGCUCUCACGGCAGAGGAGCUUCCUGCCUUUAUCACAUCCAGGUGUAUUACUAUUACGAGUCGCAUCGUCGAGGAGCGCGUCCGGGGAACACUCCCCAUGAAAUUCCGAAACACCUCCAAUGCAUUGGCCGAGGUCUUCUGUCUGACAGACCCGUCGCGGCCUGAUAACCCGAUUAUCUUCGCAUCCGAGGAAUUCCAUCGAACCACGCAGUACGGCAUGGACUAUGUACUUGGUCGCAAUUGUCGAUUCCUGCAAGGGCCAAAGACCAAUCCCAACAGCGUUCGUCGAAUCCGCGAAGCUCUCACAAUGGGCCGACACCACUCGGAGCUGUUCCUCAACUAUCGUCGCGACGGCUCCCCAUUCAUGAACCUCCUCCAAUGCGCACCACUCUGUGACAGCCAAGGCCGAGUCAAGUACUUCAUCGGCGCCCAGAUCGACGUAUCCGGCCUCGCCAUGGAUGGCGCGCAGAUGGAAUCGCUCAUGGAGCUCCAGUCGCAGUACCGCGACCCCGACGAAGAGAGUAUCGCAGAGAAGCCGGCGCAAGACGCGAAAGACGAGUUCCGAGAGCUGAGCGAGCUCUUUAGUCCUCGGGAGCUGGCCGCGGUCCAGGAACACGGCGGUGACCUCUUCCAGCCUCUCAAUACUCGCGCCAGCUCCCGUAGCCAGCGUACCUGGCUGCAGCGUGGGUCGUCGGUGGACAGCGAGGCGGAGGCAAUCCGUCUGCGCGAUUUGAAGUCGCCGUUUUUCAGGGGUUCGUUAACGGGUGUGUACGAGAAUUAUCUACUCGUCCGCCCCUAUCCAUCCCUCCGCAUCCUAUUCACAUCCCCGUCCCUCCAGAUCCCAGGCAUGCUGCAGUCCUCGUUCCUGUCGCGUAUCGGCAGCUCCACCGCCGUCAAGGACGAGCUCUCGCAGGCGAUGAUGGAGGGCCGCAGCGUGACGGCGCGCAUCAAGUGGGUGACACGGUUCAAUACCGAUGGCCGUAACCGCUGGGUGCAUUGCACGCCACUGAUCGCCAGCAACGGGCAGGUCGGGGUGUGGAUGGUGGUGAUUGUCGACGACCACGAGGAGCAGUUCAUCAACUGGAGGGCGUAG